UUUACGGUCGCUCGGCUGCUUCCUAUGCAACCUGCUGCGAACCGAGCACGUUGAUGUGCUGAGUGUCCCAGCGCAGCGGCGCCCGACACGAACAGCGGCUAAUCAAGCAUCUUGCGAUAGGAGGGUGGUUGGAGGAACCAUUCCGAACGAAACCGAGCGAGGACCCACUAGGCAGGCGGCCCUCAGCCGCAACUGCGGCAACAAUGAGAGACUUGUGUUUGCCGUCCGCCAGACCUUGUACAUCAGCUCCCCACAAGGCCUGUGCCGCGGGACCCGCUCUGAAAAUCUCUGCCGUGCUCGCAGCAGCCUCCCUGAGAUGGGAUAUCCGGGAAGCUGUGGCCAUGGCGGCCAAAAGACGGGCGUGGCGCGUGUCGUGGCACGCCUCCCAGAUCCGUCAGUGAAGAGGAAGAAGAUGAGGAAGAAGAGGAAGAAGGAGAGAUAGAAGAAGGAGAAGAAGAAGAAGAGAGUGGCGCGCCCCGGCCUGGCGCGCCCGCGCGCAGACGCGUUCGGAGCAGCAGAAGACGACGGCUAGGAUCUCGGCUGGAGCCAAGCUGGAGAUCGGCAAAAUCCUACUACUCUGCAUCGCAGCAGGAGGCUAAGGAGCAACACUCCCGCGGCGCUGCCGACAAGCGCGCACGAGGAGCCACUAACCGCUCUCCUCCCCCUCCCGCC